AGAUUCCAGAAACUGCCGCGACACGAGACGCAGGAAGGUAUCCUCUACUAUGUGAAUAAUUUAGGCUUAGGCUAUUUGUAGAGUUGCCUCUUUAGUUUAGGUUUGGCGUCGAGAUGUCAGACAACAAGAUCGUAACUACGUGUUUGUGGUGGUUUCAUAUUUGAGGCAUAAUGUUGCAAAAUAAUUUAAUCUGUGUUCUCCUCUUCACCAUCGUCCAGACUGCAGCAGUCUCUCCCAGGUCCUCUCUCCCCAAGCCUGUGAACCUCACAUUCACAUCCCUCAACCUCAGGAAUGAGCUCCGAUGGAGUCCAGGAGAGAAGUCCCCCGACCACACCCAUUACUCUGUGGAUUACGCCAUCUACGGUGACAAGGAGGAGGGCGGAGGGAAACGAUUGCGCUGGAGGGUGGCGAGGCUGUGUAGGGAUAUUGCCAAGACCUGGUGUGAUCUGACCAAUGAGACAAGUGACCUGGAGGAGGGCUACUUCGCCAGGGUCAAGGCGACGGCCACCAACACCUCCUCUAAAUGGACCAUCACCCCGAGGAGGUUUGACCCCAAACAUGACACUGUGUUGGGUCCACCGCUGGUGUCAGUGAAGGUCCAGGACACCAAGGCCAAAGUCUGGCUGAGCGGUCCGAUGAGGUGGCCUGUCCAGAACCAGACCCCCCAAGUACCCAUGAGCCGGAUCUUUCCCCAGAUGACCUUUAACCUCUCUGUCUGGCACCAGGACAGGAACCGGACGCGCCACUUCCUCCUCUCCCUUCAGAGCCUGUUCUAUGAGUAUCCUCUGCUAGAAUAUGACAAAGAAUACUGCUUCUCUGCCAAGGCUGACUUCUUAUCACUUCCUCUGGUGUGUCUGGCUUCAGAGUGGCACUGCAUACACACACCCCCAGACCCUGUGGUUGGUCAGAUGCUGCGGGUGCUGCUGGGAGUUGUAGUCCCAUCCGUCUGCCUAUUCUUGCUGCUCCUGACUGGCUGGAUGCUAUACCGUUCUGUGCAGGGCAAGGAGCACAAGAGUCCUCACACUCUGGAGAUGUCCCAUCUACAGACCCCCCCUCGCACCUUCAGCCCAGAGACAGUCAACAUCAUGAUCUUCCACCUGCUUACUGAGAGCACCAUGGAGAUGCCAGUAGCCCCCAAGCCUGCCCCCCUCUUCCCCACCCUGCCCACCCCACCUGGCCAGAGCGACACACUGUCUCUGCCCUCCUUUCCAGGCCAGCGGCCUCCCUGCACACCAGCCCCAGAUGCAUUCUGGGAGGAUGAGGUUCCGGAGAACAGAAAGGAAGAGGUGGACUAUGGCCUUGUAGGGUUAACCUCAGAGCAGGACCAGGGCCAGAAUCAAGGUCAGUACCGGAGUCAGGAUCAAGGCCAGGGCCGGGGCCGGGGCCAGGGUCAGGCACAAAGCCAGGGCCAGAGUCAGAGUCAGGGUCAGGGUCAGUACCGGAGUCAGCAUCAAGGCCAGAGCCAAGGCCAGGGAUGGGGCCGGGGCCAGGGUCAGGGUCAGAGUCAGACACAGAGCCAGGGCCAGAGUCAGGGUCACUACCGAAGUCAGCAUCAAGGCCAGAGCCAAGGCCAGGGCCAGGGUCAAAGUGUAGAGAAGCUAGACGAGGAGAGUAUCAGCGCUGGGAUACACCUGGAGAGAGACCUCCACACGGGACUCUUCCAUAUCCCCCUGCCUGCCUCUCCACUGCGGCUGGAAAGAUGGAGGGAGAGAGAGGGGGAGAGUCAAACUCUUCUACCCUAUGCCCCCCAGCUGGGCUCUAGGGUAUUGAGCUCAAAUGCUCAACAACGGCAGGGCAGCGUCUGGAGAUUGCCUCCUCAAAGCCAGGAGUGGGACGGGAACAGUAAAGGGGAGGAGUCACAACCUUUGCUGCAGGCCAAGGUCAACCUGUCACUGUCCCCAGCCCAGACACACAGUAGAGUCAAACAGGAGGAGGUCAAGGAAGAGGAAGGGUUGGAGCAGGAGGAAGAGGAGGAGGGAGGACACUGUGUUGACUGGAGCCCUGAGACUAGAAAGCUACAUAUCCCAUUCCUCCCUUUUUCCUGGGACAAAGUGGAGGCGGAGAUAGGGACAGAGAACAGGAUGGAGGGAGGGAUGGAGAUAGGGACAGAGAACAGGAUGGAGGGAGGGAUGGAGAGAGGGAUAGACAGAUGGAUCGUUGGAGGGAUAGAGGCAGAGGGUGCUCUGGGACAGAUAGACCCAGGAGAGAUCCUCCCCAGUGUUUUGGUGCGCCAGGCAUCACAGGAGAGCGAGCCAGAGAGUGACAUCACCAAUCUCCAGAACACCUGGAGUCUCCAGAUCAAUGUAGACUAAAAGCACGACAGGUCAAGAUACAUGGACCAAUAGAAAAUCAGAUAGCAUCUACAGUACAUGGACAAAGAGGAAACCAAAUAACCUCAAUAUCAGAAACAGGAAUAGGAAUAGGAAAACAAAAACACAAUGUCAUGAUGCCAGCUGACCUCAACAUUGAACAAUGUGAGAUUGGAUAACUUCUUUUGUAUACUACACUUAAUAAUCAUAAUAAUCAUGUUGAGUUGAUUCAGCCGCCAAAAGAGAUGAAGGAAUUAUGUUUACUCUCUGUGAUAUUCAUGUUACUGUUUAAUUGUAUUUAUCUAAUCUAUCCAAUCACUUUAACUGUUACUGUCUAAUUACCUCUGUUAAAGUCUGCUGAUGGCUUGAAUUUAAAAUCGUAAUAUCUAACUCCAUUUUAUGAUAAUGUAUUAACAUAAUAUUGUAGCGUGAAGGAAAUGCUGAAGGUGCCUACAACUACACACCUGAACACAGCCACUGUAAUGAAGGAACACACCAUAUGAGUAGUAAAAACAAAUAUUAUAUAAGAAUGUCGUUUUAUUUUGUGUUUUGUGAAGCACUAACACUUCCCAUGGCGCGAACAGUAUGAGUGCACAUGGGCAAGCUACAACCCUUUGAUGAGAUUACGAAACAAUUAGUAAGUAAAUAAAAAAAACUGUUAAUUUGUUUAGAAAAUAACUUUCAGAACUUUUAAACAAAAUACAUGUUAAUGAAUGCUAAAUUAGAUUUCUAACUUGUUUAAAGAAGCGUAAUGACAAUGAUUAUUGCCCCCCAAAUAGCCUGUCAUGAUUAUUCGAUUCUCUAGUUAAUUUGAAUUGACAGGCUAGUCUGCUGAGUCCUUUGGGUUGGAUGGUUUGUCAAGUCAAACAGAUUCAUUCCCCCUGGUUUGGCAGCGGGAAUGUUUUUAAUGGAAUCACUUCCUUAUUUUAACUGUUAAUAAUUUAUUUCCAGAGAGCUUCACUGUUACUGUGUAUGCUUGUGUUUUUUUAAAGAUUGUUUUUAUAUGGAAGUUAUGAUUUCCGUCCUCAAAUGGUUAAUAAAGGUUUAUUUGAACUAAA